UGGAGUGAAUCUGAACGUCACAGAUGCUUUGAAAGCUGCUCGUGCACCUUUUUUUUUUCUUUCUAGGUCUCCGUUCAAUAAUUAACGUUGUCGUUUCGGUGCCACCUAUUCCCUUUUCUUUACUCUGCACAUGCUUGCGGGUUCUUUCCAUGAAAACACCGGGACAAGGGGGUGAAGCAGUCAGCAAAUCAGACAGGUCUUCUCACUUUUUGGACCAGCAGCAGAAAGAGAGGCUCUGAGCUGCAAAGGCUUUGGAGACGUUUUUCAACUUUGAAUGGGAGGACAUAUUUUAUGACUUUCUGGAUUGUUUUUAUUCAUAUUGUUUCAUCGUCAAACUAAUCACUAUGUCAGGAAUCACCAGUGACCAGCUGCACAAAUCAACGUUGAAUGUUUACUCAAAUCUCAUGGAGCACUUCAACCCAGGUCUCGAGAAACUUGUUGCUCUUGGAAACAGCUAUGUUCGAGCUUUUCAAGCCUUAGCUGUGUGCAGUGAGGCCUACUUCAGUGCUGUGGCAAAGAUGGGUGACCAGGCGCUCCACACACUGUCAUCACGCUCGCUCGGAGACGUCCUGAUCCAGAUCUCGGAAACACAGAGACGACUCACUGCAGAAAUGGAGGGAGUGUUCCAGUGGUUUCAGGUUGAGGUGUUGCAAGCAAUGGAGAAGAAUGUCAAGCUGGAUGAAGAAUACAUUGAUGGAAGUCGCAAAGUGUAUGAGAUGGAGGUGAGGAACCAGGCCGAGACUUUGGAGAAACAACUCAGACGUGGAACGUUCAGGGAUUCUUUGGAGAACAGUGAAUACAUGUUGUACCUACGGCAAAGCCAGCAGGAGAUCCUGAAGGAGGAGCAGAGGAGGUAUCGCUUCUUGGCAGAGAAGCACUGUGGACUCACUCAGUCACUUCUGUUCCUCAUUAAUAAGACUGGUGUGUCCCUCCAGCAAAAAGCUGAUGGAUGGAAGGAGAAAGUAAAUGAGAGCAAGGACACUACCUCUCAGACAUCCACCCAUUUGGAUCAAGAAGCCCAGCUCAGAGGUUCAGUGACAUCUCUGCUCCAGACAGUUGCCAGAGAGGAGGACAUGUCCUGGGCUAGGAGGGAGCAGCAGGCGCUGGGAAGAGUGCCAUCUAGAGCACCAUCUCCUCUCCCCAGCCGCUCUCGGUCCAGCUCGGUUGGAGAAUCUCUGGGCCUUUCAGCGGGUAGAACCAUGAGGGCUGUGGUGUCUCACCCAUCCUCUUCCAAUCCAAAGCUCUUACCUUUCAACAGGGGAGAAAGCAUCAUUGUGUUGGUACAGGAGCCACGUAACGGCUGGCUGUACGGGCGCACUGAAAGUACCCUGCGGCAGGGUUGGUUCCCUGCUGCAUAUGUGGCUCCAAUUGAGGAUUUCACCAACAGUCUAGUUACCAGCGGUUCUGUCAGGAGCUACAGCAUGAACAGUCUGCUGGACUCUGAGCACUCAGAGGCCAAGAGUUAUGGAGAUGUCCCAGUCCCGGCACCAGCCAGCCGCAGAGCCUCUGUGGACGUCCGAACCAUCUCUCCCCUUCCUGACAAGAAGCUGGAAGCGCAGAUGGAGACCAAGCCUCCACCUCCACCCCCUCCUCCACCCCCUCCAUUUAGUCAGAACCUCCGAAGGGGCUCAGCAGAUUUCCGAUCAGUCUCUCCUCUGCCUGAUAGGAGGAGCGACGCUACAUUGGAUGCUCAGAAAUUGUCACCUAUGGGAGCAGCUGAAAACCCUCUUUUUCCAAGGGGCACCAACCCGUUUGCCACAGUAAAGCUUCGUCCCACAUCAACCAAUGACAGAUCUGCUCCUCAUAUUCACUGAUCCAUCAGUGCUGGGGGGGAUCAGGAUGUGGAGACGAGAUAUGCUUUUUUGUAGACCUCUCUGACGUAAACAAAGACACAUUUUUGGAUUUGUCCACAGGAAUUUUAAAGAAGUUUUGUACAGUGUGAUGUUUAACACCAAACACAAAAAAUAAGUGAUAUUUUCUUUCUUCUAAAUACUACAAAACAAAUUUUAGCUGUUUUAGCUCUUCUUUUUACAGGUAUAAAGUUGUGUUGUGUUUGUGGUAAAAAUAUAAAGUACCGUAGAUGGUUGCUUUGGUAACACUGGAAAACAGGAGUCAUGAGUGUCUAUUUUGUUGUUUUUUUGGCUCACUGUUCCGUUGUUUGUAUUGUUCUCAUGGUGUUCUAUAUGAGAUUUGUAUUGAAACCGUUGACUGUAUAUGAGAACUGGACUGAGUGAGUGUUACGUCCAUACAAAAUACUUUACACCUCCUUUACUUUGCACCUACUGCAUGAAUUUAAAAAAUUAUGAGCGAGCAGGGCCUUAAUAAUAAUCAUAACAGUAAUAAAAGCACAUUUAGAAGAUGCGUGUUGGUCUAAACGGCAAACGUUUAGCAUGGCGAAAUCUGCUGUAGCUGCUUGUUAGCAGCUUAGC